AUGCCUGAAAUCCGUUCGCGCAACGCAGUUGAGAGCGCUCUUCCGAGCCUUCUGAUUGCCCCCAACACGACCAAAUCCUCUGCAUUGCAUAAGGUUAUGUAUACUGGUCCGCUAUCUCCAUGGCAAACAUUCGAGGCCAGUGUCCGGGCUAGCAUGUUGAUAAAAUGGUCAUCGGCCGUGGUCGACUAUCAGCUUCGAGACCGGGACCUGAGAGCAGAGGAAGUCUAUGUUGCCGAUGAAACAGGCGUUCAGGGACGGUUCGACCAAUCUGUGGGCCAGGUUCUUGGCUCCGUCUUCCGGGCACAGGGUGUGAACAUUCGCUUUGCUGACUUUAAGUCGGCUGGAACUGGAUAUACCAAGGUACCUGAUGUUGCCUUGGUAUCGCAGAAUCCUCCACUUCCCCUCAAAGCCGUGGGGGAACUGAAGGUUCCCUGGGUCCCGGAGCACGCAAUGGAAUUUCGAUUCUUCGACGAGAAUUUGUUCCGCCGUACUAUCGGCCAAGUGGUCGAAUAUAUGGUGGAUCAAGGAAUGCCGUAUGCAUUCCACUCUACGUACGAAGAAACUAUCAUGCUUCGCCAGGUGAUGGUGAACAAUGUGUGGACGAUCCAGUAUUCACCAGCCAUCGAUAGCGACGCCAUUGACAUUUCCACCAAACAGUGUUUUUGGUACCUGGCAUCGGUGGCAGCUGCAGCGGCCCGUAUCUAUCCCCCACAGCACAAGGACCAGUUGUUUAAAUUCUGGUGA